AAAAGGCGGAUUAUUUUCUCAUCGUGUUUUAGAUGAAGUGCUGAGCGCGAGCUCGAUAUUACAAAUCAAAUGAUCUAAUCUGGACUUUGAUCGGACUGUUUAACCUGCCAGCUGUCCACAAACUCUUCGUCUCGUCUGAACUGGACACAACAUCAGUUAACUGCAGCGGACAACAAGCAGUGCAGUCCGAUGCGAUCAAUGUUUCUGUGGAGAAAGUUACAAAGUGGAACUUGUUGAAACUGUGGCAGAGAACUGAAGAUGUCAGCUGUUAAGAUGACAGAGGGGAGUGUGCAGGUAGAGGGCUGCAAAGCGCCGCUGUUCUACAGACAGAGUGAACCUACUGAAGGGGAAGUGAGGAUGUCCAUUUUACUCCUUCACGGCAUCCGUUUCUCAUCAGAAAACUGGCUCAACAUUGGCACUCUGGAGACUCUGGCCAAAGCAGGAUGCCGUGCAGUCGCCAUCGACCUACCGGGACUCGGCCGGUCUAAGUCAGCCGAGGCCCCGGCAGCGGUUGGACAGCUGGCCCCUGCAGGCUUCCUGAAAGAGGUGUGUGAGCAGCUGAGCCUGAGCUCUGUGGUGGUGAUCAGCCCGUCCCUCAGUGGGAUGUACUCCCUUCCCUUCCUCCUGCAGCACCAGGCUCUGAUACGAGCCUACAUCCCCGUGGCUCCCAUCUGCACCGAGAACUUCACAGCGGAGCAGUACCAGAGUGUAAAGGUCCCGUCGCUGAUCGUUUACGGCGACCAGGACGCUCAGCUCGGAGAACGGUCGCUGAACAACCUGAGCAGUCUGGCCAAUCACAGCGUGGUGGUGAUGAAAGGAGCGGGUCACCCUUGUUACCUGGAUGACCCAGACACCUGGCACAAAGCUCUCACUGACUUCCUAAAUACGCUGUGAAGCUCCUCACUGUGCAUCAGUGGAGAGAUACUCAACAACAGCAGUCACAUAAAUGAUUCAGAGGAGCCACA